AUGUCAUUUAGCAAUUAAUGUGUAAAGAACACAUUAAAAAUAGUUCAUUAUGACUUCUUAAGCAUGUGAAACUGAGUUGUAAUUGUGUAUCAAGAUUUAAUCUAACGUUUGAAUGCAAAUAUAGGUCUGGAGGCAAGACUAGCUGCAAAUGACUGUUCUAUACUAUUCCUAAUUUAUUCUAAUACUGGUGCUUUGCAUUGCUGUUUUUAGGAGGCUCAAUAAAAUGGUAGGAAACGGGAGCUGUAACAAUAUGUUUCAAAAAGUCCUUAUUCUUGUGAUAUAUAAUAAUAUAAGACUAAUCUACCGGUUUGGGACAAGUUACUAUUACCACCCCAAAGUUGAUUCAUUUCAUUUAUUUUGAAAUUAGUUUUGGGUUGUGACUUAAACAACACAUAUGGGUCUGGAGGCAAGACUAGCUGAAAAUGACUGUCCUAUACUAUUCCUGAUUUAUUCUAAUACAGAUUGCUUUUUUAGGAGGCUUGGUAAAAUGAAAGGAAACUGGAACUGGAGCUGUAACAGUACGUUUCAAAAAGAAGUGUUACCUCCCAUCUAUGGUGUGGAGAUGUGUGUGGCGCUGGUGGGGAACAUACUGGCGCUGUGGUUGCUUGUGACUAAGGAGAAGAAGAACUGGCACAUGGGAGUGGUGUUCUCCUGCAACCUGGUCAUCAGUGAUAUCUUUUACGCCCUCACUCUGCCCCUUCUUAUCGACAACUAUUCAAGAGAUCGACAAUGGCUAUUUGGUGAUGCUGUCUGCAAAAUAGAGCGCUUUCUCUUCACCUGUAACCUUUACGUCAGCAUUUACUUCAUCAUGUGCAUCAGUGUUAAUAGAUCCCUGGCAAUCGUUCAUCUGUUUUUCACACGCAAACACAUUCAUCCAAAACACGCCAAGAUCAGCAGUGUGUUCAUCUGGAUAUUUGUGGCAAGCAUUUCAUCUCCACUUCUUUACUUUUCAGGUGUCAAUAGGGACAGAUGUUCCAUAUUUGCAAAUCUACACUAUACAUCAAACCUAAAGUCUACCUACAGGGUGUUUAUGGUUGUUAUAGGCUGCUUGGUCCCAUUUUUAGUUACUUUUGCAUCAUAUUUUGGUGUUUUGUGGGUGGUUUUUAAAAAUGCAAAUAUCACCUCAUUGGAGAAGAAAAAAGUGGCUCUGAUUGUUGGUUUAGUCUGUGUCCUGUACACUGUGUCUUUUGUCCCCUAUCACAUUCUACAGAUAGUGAACUUUAAACUGAGAGAAGAAGGCAAGACUAAUUGUUAUGUACAUAAUGGAUUCCAAGUGUCAAAGGCAUUAGCUUGCCUGAACAUGUGCCUCCAUCCCAUUUUGUAUAUGGCUGUGUUUGACAGUAUCAGGGCAAUGUGCUGUAGAAGGAGCUCAAAUGUAUCAAACGUACAGAUCACAGUUGGAGAAAACUUUUCAAAGAACCUUGAAUUGAAAUCCAGAGACUGAGAUUGCAAAUUAUUUUCCUGCAAACAUUUGUGUUGAUUUGGAUGUAUGUUUUGGGCCAUUAUCAUGUAGAGUUUCAGAGGAAAAGGGAUCUAAGUUUUGGGCUAAACGUUUCUGUAUUUAGUAAAAUUGAUAAUACACUCAGUAUGCACGAUCUGUUAAACAGCCCCAAAAGUCAAUGUUGCAACUCCAUAUUUUAUUUUACAGUGGGUUUGGGGGAUUGUGCUUGUAUGCAUUUGCUAUUGUCAACAAACCUUUAUUUUGGUCUCAUCUAAACUGAUGCCAGUUGUGGAUCCAGGAAUGAGAAGCUCUCAGGAAAAGCUUUUUUGUGCAACUCAUCCAAGCAGUUUCUUGUGUUUAAUAGGUUUGUUUGAAACUCGACAACUCUCUUGUUUCAGAAAUUAAAACUAAAUCUAAGAUAAAAUAAAGGCAACCUGAAUAAACGCAAAAUAUACUUUUUAAAUGAUAAUGUUAUUUAUUGAAGCUAAAAUUUUUUCCAAUACCAUCUGGGCCUGUGUGUAAAUGUAUUUGCCCUUGUAGUUACUAA